UCUAGUGGGUGGGGCAGACCUGGGCUAGCAGGCCCCAGGGAGAACUCCAAUGGUGUCUGUGUCAGCACGCCCACACCAGGCCACAACAAUGGCCACCACCAAUGUCCCAGUUCCUGGAGAGAUCUCACCUCUCACCGAGAUGCACUCAGGGCCUGUCAGGCUUCCCCUCCUUUGGGAAGAAGAAGUCUCCAGGCGUGGGAUUGAGAAAGCUUCAGUGCUUCGAGUGAUGCUGAGAUUCCAAAGAACAAGGAUUAUUUUCAAUGUGAUUCUGGGCUGCUGCCUCUGUGUUACAAGUGUGCUGGCUCCCAUGCUGCUUACACCAAAGAUCCUGGAAUAUUCCGAAGAGCAGUCAGGGAACAUUGGCUAUGGAGUGGGACUCUGCUUUGCCCUGUUUCUCACCGAGUGUCUGAAGUCUGUGAGUCUGUGCUCAUGUUGGGUCUUCAACCAGCACACAGGCGUCAGGUUUCGUACAGCCAUUUUCUCCUUUGCCUUCGAGAAGCUAAUGCAAUUUAAGUCUCUAACACACAUCACCACGGGAGAGAAGUUUUUCCUCCAGAAGAGCCCUGUUUUACACAUCCAGGCAUUGAAAGAUCCCAGCAAAGCACUGGUUUUGGAGGAGGCCUCCCUGUGCUGGCUACGGACCAUCCCCAGGAUUUUCAAGGGAGCCUUGGAGCUGGAGAGGAACAGACAUACUCCCAAGGGGAGGACCAGGGCUCAGCCACCUGCAGGUGUCCCAAGGCCAGAGGAUGAAGGGGACAGCCUGGCCCCAGAGUUGCAUGAGAUAAACCUGGUGGUGUCAAAGGGGACCAUGGUAGGGGUCUGUGGCAACACUGGGAGUGGCAAGAGCAGCCUGUUGUCAGCCAUCCUGGAGGAGAUGCACUUGCUGGAGGGCUCAGUGGGGGUGCACGGAAGCCUGGCCUAUGUCCCCCAGCAGGCCUGGAUCAUCGCGGGCAGCGUCAGGGAGAACAUCCUCAUGGGAGGCCAGUAUGACGAGGCCCGGUACCUCCAGGUGCUCCAUUGCUGCUCCCUGACCCGGGACCUGGAGAUUCUGCCCUUCGGAAACAUGACGGAGGUGUUGGAUCCCGAACAAAACCAUAACAUCACAGAUCAUUAUCUAAAUGUGGCCUUUGACCUUUCCCAAGUUCUUUUUAUAGCCACUGCCAACACCACUGCUACUAUUCCACCUGCCUUGUUGGACAGAAUGGAGAUUAUCCAGGUGCCAGGCACUUGACUCGUGAAGAAACUCAUUGUUUGAUAUUUCUUGCCUUUCUGAGCAUAAUCCUUUAAAAUUGGUUGAGCUGUGGAGUUUGGAGUAAAAAGUUGAUUUGCCAGUGCGUGAUGUUCAGAAGUUCUGAGUCUGGUGUAUAAACCAGUUUUUAUGUGGAUUCAAAGUCUGGAACAGCAAGAUUUGUGUGUUUGUGUGUUUGUUUUCACUGCCACAGAGAGGAGCACCUGUGUGUUCUGGUUUCUCUGGGAAUCCAGACGUCCUUCUUUGGAGCAGUUUCUACAAUUAUAGAUAAACAUCACUAAUUUAUUUAAAGGGAGCGUCUAAAAACCCAAAAUGGAUCUUUACAUGGUCAGUUUAGCUUCCUGUCAAUCAGAUUUUGAAGUUUUUACCGUCUUUGGGAAAGUGUAAUUGUUUAUUCUUAUUAAGAGGUUGUUCCUAAAGGAGAUGAGCUUUCUUUUUGUUACAUCUGAUCUCACUUUUACAUAAAAGUGCAGAGUACACAAGACCUCUUCUUUCUUGUUUGAUCUGUCAGGUAGUUAUACGUAUAGUUUCUACCAUGUCUUCUGUUCUCCUUCACUGGAGUGUGCAAA